UGGCCGCGGCCAGCGGCGCCGCCUCCUCGUCGGGCCGGGCACAGUGGGCCGGGGCCUUUGUGUGAGGCGGCGGUGGCGAUGGUGCUCGGGGCCCGCGGAGCCGGAUUAAGCGUGCUGAGAAGGAGGCACCGCCGUGGGAGCUGCUAAGAUGGGCAUGAGGAUUAAACUGCAAAGCACCAACCACCCCAACAACCUGCUGAAGGAGCUCAACAAGUGCCGGCUCUCGGAGACCAUGUGUGAUGUGACCAUCGUGGUGGGGAGCCGCUCCUUCCCGGCCCACAAGGCCGUGCUGGCCUGCGCGGCUGGCUACUUCCAGAACCUCUUCCUGAAUACCGGACUUGACGCCGCCCGGACCUACGUGGUGGACUUCAUCACCCCUGCCAACUUUGAGAAGAUUCUGAGCUUUGUCUACACCUCGGAGCUCUUCACGGACCUCAUCAACGUGGGGGUCAUCUAUGAGGUGGCCGAGCGCCUGGGGAUGGAGGACCUCCUCCAGGCCUGCCACUCCACUUUCCCUGACCUGGAGAGCUCCGCCAUGGCCAAGCCCCUGGCCAGCAGCACCAACAGCCACUCGGCUGCCCCAGGCUGUCCCUCCACUGAGCCCGCCCAUCCCCUGGGGGACCUCCGCAGUGGCAGCACGGAGCACUUCGGCCCUGAUAGGAACUAUGUGCUGGCUAGUGAUGCGGGCGGCAGCUACAAAGAGGAAGAACGGAGCGUGGCUGGUGAUGCCAGCCAUGGCCUGCCCCUGUCGCAGCCACCCAAGACAGAAGAGCAUGACACGCCUGCCCCUUGUCCAUCCAUUCCCAGCCUGGCGAACCAGCCAGUGCUGGGCACUGUGAGCACGGGCAUCCAGACCAGCACAAGCUCCUGCCAGCCCUACAAAGCUCAGAGCAAUGGGGACUUUGGCAAGAACAGCUUCUUCCCUCCUGACCACGGGGUGGACGUCACCACGGGAACCAAUUCUUGCCUGAGCAACAGUGACCACUCCAGAGACCCAGGUUUUGGGCAGCUGGACGAGCUGCAGCUGGAGGAUCUGGGCGAUGAGGAGCUGCAGUUUGAAGAUCCCGCUGAGGAGAUGGGGACGGCGGAGGAAGUGAUUGAGCUGAGCGAUGACAGUGAAGAUGAGCUGACGUUUGGAGAGAGCGACAACCGGGAGAGUAAGGCCAUGCCCUGCCAGGUGUGCAAGAAAGUUCUGGAACCCAACAUCCAGCUGAUCCGCCAGCAUGCCCGGGACCACGUGGACCUGCUGACAGGCAACUGCAAGGUUUGCGAGACCCACUUCCAGGACCGGAACUCCCGGGUGACCCAUGUCUUGUCCCACAUCGGGAUCUUCCUCUUCUCCUGCGACAUGUGUGAGACCAAGUUCUUUACCCAAUGGCAGCUGACCCUCCACCGGCGGGACGGGAUCUUUGAGAAUAACAUCAUCGUCCACCCCAGCGACCCCCUGCCUGGCAAGCUGGGGUUGUUUGCAGGGACGGCCUGCCCGGAGUUGAAAUGCGCUGCCUGUGGGAAAGCAUUGGCCAAAGAUUUCCACGUGGUCCGGGGCCACAUCCUCGACCACGUGAACUUGAAGGGCCAGGCCUGCAGUGUCUGUGACCAGCGUCACCUCAACCUCUGCAGCCUCAUGUGGCACACGCUCUCCCAUCUCGGCAUUUCUGUCUUCUCCUGCUCCGUCUGUGCCAACAGCUUUGUGGACUGGCACUUGCUGGAGAAGCACAUGGCUGUGCACCAAAGCCUGGAUGACGUCCUCUUCCGCUGCCACCUGUGCAGCCAGAGCUUCAAGUCGGAGGCUGCCUACCGCUACCACGUGAGCCAGCACAAAUGUAACAGUGGCCUUGAUGCCCGGCCCGGGGUGGGGCUGCAGCUGCCCAGUCUCCCGAAGCGGAAGCUGCCAGCUGAGGAGUUUCUGAGCGAGGAGCUAGCUCUGCAGGGCCAGCCCGGGAACAGCAAGUACAGCUGCAAAGUGUGUGGCAAACGGUUUGCCCACACGAGCGAGUUCAACUACCACCGGCGGAUCCACACGGGUGAGAAGCCCUACCAGUGCAAGGUUUGCCACAAGUUCUUCCGCGGCCGCUCGACCAUCAAGUGCCACCUCAAGACGCACUCGGGGGCCCUCAUGUACCGCUGCACGGUCUGCGGCCACUACAGCUCCACCCUCAACCUCAUGAGCAAGCACGUGGGCGUGCACAAGGGCAGCCUGCCGCCCGACUUCACCAUCGAGCAGACCUUCAUGUACAUAAUUCAUUCGAAGGAGGCUGAGAAGAGCCCAGACAGCUGACGGCCCUGAGGCGACAUGGGGGAGCACGCGAGGGGGCAGCCAAGGCCCCUGGUUUCCGAAUGGCUGGUGAUCCCUCCCUAGCCCAAGUUACAAUUUUGCCUUGUGAGGAAUUCUGUUUUUUGUUGUGUUGAAAGAAGGAAGAAAGAGCACACACGCUGUUUCAGAAGCUAAGGCCCUAUCGCAUCUUCCCUCCACACCCGCUCCUGCCCCCCAAGGGCUGUGUGUUUGAUUCUUUGGAGGCCAGGUUUGGGAUCUAGGCGAGUGGCUCGUGUCAGCUGGUCUCCCUCCCCAGGCUCUUCUGGUUUUAGUUUACAGAUAGGUUUUUAUGCUGCUAAGAAUCCAGCCGACAGCCUCACCUGAGAGAGGAGAGAGAGAGAUUUGUUUUCACUGUGCGUGUUCUGCCAGACCUUUGGCUGGGCCGGCCAGCUGUGAGAAGGAGUUGGUGAUGUGAUCCUGAAAGAGAGGACUGGUCAGCUGGCCCCCUCCCCACAGGUGGCUGUGCCCAAUCCUCCACAGGGAGAAGGUGUCAGGAUGGAGGUGCCUACUGGCCCCACAACCUGGCUCUGCGGCCUGGACACUGAGCACCCCCUGCUAGCUGGAGCCUGGCUGGGGGCAGGAAGCUUUGGGGUGAGUUUUUGCUAGCCGGAAGGGGCAUCCUGCAGUGCCACCUGGAGGGACAGGAAAGGAGGUCUCUCUUUUCUUCUUGUUUCCAAAGAGACGUGAUUUUUGCUGAGUGACGGCCCAGGAUGCCCGGGUCCUCCCUGUGGGGCAGAGAGGACAAGGAACCACUUUGCUGGACCCCAUGUCGUGCUGGCCACCUCCGUUGACCUUGCUCUCCCGGUGGGGAGGUGGGGAUGCCUCAGACCACUGCAGCCUUGCCUUAAUUUAUGUUCAUUCCCCCACCCAAAGGUGUUGGGCCGGCAGCAGAGAUGAGAAGAACCCACAAGGCGGUGGGGUGUCGAACUAUGCGCCCUUCAGGACAGAGGGGCCCUGUGUAGCAGGGUGUGUGUGCUGUUUGUCUCCGUUGUCAUGGGGGCAACCUGUUUACUUUGCCUCUCACCUGUAGCCUGCUGGAAUUUAGCUUGCUCUAUCUGUCCUUGCAUCACCUCCAGGGGGCGCUGUUGGACAGCAGUCGCUUGGGGCCCUCCCAAGGUAUCCAGGUCCUCCGGGCCUGUGGCUCCAUUCUUGGCUCCAUUCUUGGUUGGCUUAUGCUCGGGUCUUGUCCAAAGAAGGCUGGAGGGAGGGGAACCUGGAUCUUGCAUACCCACAAGGUGGCACCUCAGUAGCUCAUACUACCUCACCCUGCUCAGGAGUGCUCUGGAGCCCCUGGCCACGGUCUGACAGGCCCUUGAGGGACGCAGCGGUACCCUGGGCUGUCUCUGUGGUUUUAAGGAACCCACAGAGCUUUUUGGACGUUACUACUUCUUAUUUAUUUUGGAGUUUUUCCUUUUUUUUUUUUUAAUAUAUACAUAUGACCCAGCAUCUCUAUUGCAUGAGAGACUUCAGGCAGUUGAGUUUUCUCUCAGCAAGUAGCCAUAUUGUAGGAGACAGUCCUGGCCAGAGAGUUGGGGAUUAUAGCCAGGGGAGAAUGUGUUGAGGCUGUGAAACAUCCUUUUUCUUCAGCCCCGGAACUCAUUAGGCUAUGCCCCAUCCCCCCACUUUGGAAUGGGUGGUAAGUUCUGGAAAGCUGGGGCUGGUUCAAUUCCCAGACCUUUCAUUACUCAAGGGGUGGGUGGAGAUGGCACCGAGGGGGCUGAGGUGCCACACAGGGCUUUGUGGCAGCUACGCCUCUUCCUCUCCCAGCACUUGAAGCCUCCUGUCCUUGUCACCCUGGAGCUGUGCUGGCGAACUGCAGCUUGUGCCUGCUGCAGCACUUGGCUCUCUGCUGGUGUGGCCAUCCAGGGGCCAGCCAAAGGCCCACUCUUGGCCAUCAGAGCCCAAAUUGCUUCCUGUGCCCUGGGCUAGCAGCAGGAGACUUCUCAGACAUUUAGGAAGAAAUGAGUGACAGGCCACACUCAAGUAGGUGUCUGCCUAGUGUCGGGAACAGGGGCGGUCAGCAGGGACAGAUGUGAGAGGUGCUUGGGGACCCAGCUAGGUAGCUGGGCGGGGUGAAGCCAUGCUGGAGGGACCCUUCUCCUUAACAGGCAUCAGGGAUGCCAGAAGGUCUGUAUACAUCAUAUGAAGCUGUGAACUUUUUCCUUUUUGCCAGCGAACCAAAAAGCAGAUCCUUGAAACAUUAAACUAAAACCACAAACCUGCUCCCUUGUCCCCCAGUACCCCUAUACCAUGCUAACCGGUAGGUGCAGUUGGACAUGGCACAGGCAGAAUCAGUAGCUCCAGGGCCCUGGUCACACCUGGACAUGCCUGUUUGCCACCUGUGCCCCUGGCUCACCCUUUUCUGAACUGUCUUACUUGAAACACUACGGGGGGCACAGGGCCCUCUGGGAUGGCCGGGAUCCGGGGGUGGGGAGGAGAGGAGGUGUGCAGUUUAUUUUGCAUUUUUAAUUUUCUAUCCAGUAUUUGUUACUUUGUGGUCCCCUCUCUCCUGGAGCUGCUGCCACGCAGCCCCAAAGCCCUGCCUGACCCCUCUCCCUUCCUCCCCUCAGGACCAGGGCUGCUCUCUGUGGAGCUCUCCUGUCUCUAAUUUCCGGGACUCUGAAGGUGGCAAUUGGCAGCGUGUAAACUGAACAGAGGCUGCUUAAGCGGAGGGUGAGCCACUGCUGUGUCAUCCUGGGAUCAGCCAGAAGAGGGGGCUGUUGCUGGCUCGCUGCUGGUCCUGAUCUUGUUUUGAGGACUCCAGAGUUUUCCAUGGUUCAUGGUUACUUGGGUAGUAAGAAGGUGGGCUGUGGGUUGGGUCCAGGGGACCCUGAAGGACCAGGAAAUGGGUGAAAGUUCUGUCUGACUUUGGCCCAUUGUGAUCUCUCCAUCUGUCAGCACCUCUUUGUCUCCAGGACAGGUGGUUUGGCUUGAAUAUCUUUUUCCCCAGUCAGGAUUUUUUUUUUGCUACUGAUGAGUUUGCCUCUCCUGGUCUACUGUGCCCUAUUGCCUAGACCCAAGACUACUACACUUCAGAAGUGAAUUUAAUUCCCAUUAGUGAUGGACACUGACUGGGUUGGCCUGGGGAAGUGGGGGCAAUGCUGGGAGUUCCCACACGUCCUGUUCCCUCGAGCCCGCCCGGUUGGGUCAGGAAGCAGGUGCAGAACAUUGGUUCCUGUGGGAUUAUACAUCAUGAACUUCACAGAAUGGAAUUGAAAUUGUCCUGCUUUUAAUCUUCCUUUAACACCUCCCCGCCCCAUGUGUCCACUGCGCAGCGGUACUCACUGAAGUCUCUUAGGAAGCGGGGAAGAGUCGUCAGCGUCUGACUCCUUCCAUUAAAUUAAUAAGUACUGACCUCCUAAUAUUUAAGUGUUUACUAUCUAUUGCUGUAAAGUUUUGUAUAUUUUGUAAACUUUUUUUUCCCCCCAAAUAGUAGAUGUCUAAAAUCGUUGUACAUCUGAUUCUUUUAUAUUCCAUUGUUCAGCACAAAGUGUGGUUUUAUUUAGAAUAAAAAAAAAAAUCGGAAA